CAACGAACCCUGGCUGCAUGCCGUCGUCGCUUGCAGAUCGCUCUCGUCGUCGUCGUCGCGUUACGCGUAGCUGAACAGUCUCCAACACGUCGCUGUCGACUCCCCGUCAACUCCGGCCGUCCCCUCUUGCUUGGAGCCCAAGCGGCACCAUCAGCCCAGCAGCACUAUUGCUCAGUGAAAGGAGAAUAAGGUCGUAUAGUAGCGUUCAGUAGUCGAUGUGGUUGCUUGCAGUAGAGCAACGAGCGCCCGAGCCGAGUGGUGUGCGAAAAUAUAGGAGUGCGCGCGCUUCGUUGAUUGGUGAAGGUAGCCCUGACAGAGUGGAUCGCGGAAAAGUGUAGAAAAUUUUGUGCCAAACUGAGACCGGAGCAGUCGACUACGUUAAAGGAAACUAAUAGCCAGCUAAGGAGGGUCAGAUCGUGGAGAUAGGAACGAGAGCAGUGGCCAGGUCAGCCUUAUGAAAAAUCAAACGAUCGAUUGGUAACGAAGCAGUAGGAUUUUAGGUUUGGAGCAAGCGUUGCUAAGGUAGUUGAAACCGAAUCGUUAUCUUUUGGAGAUCAAACUUGAGGUUGAGAGGCGUCCGCCGAGAGGAUGUCUGCUAUCAGACAUCGACCUCUGGCAACACAGAACGAGAGCGAUGACAACUUCACGGACGAUGAGAGUACCCCUUUGACACAGGACAUCUAUGGCGGAAGUCAACGCACCGUGCAGGAAACCAAAGGAUGGGACGUCUUCAGGGAUCCUCCGAUCAAGGAGGACACCGGCUCGAUGGCCGAUCAGGCCUGCCUGGAGCUGACGAUCAAAAUUCUGAAAAUCUUCGCGUACCUGCUGACGUUCGUCAUCGUGCUGACCGGCGGUGUGGUCGCCAAAGGCUGUGUCCUCUUCAUGUCCUCGCAGCUCAAACGGAAUCGCAAGAUCACCUACUGCAACCGGGAUUUGGCUCGCGAUAAGCAGUUCGUAGCGCUGCUGCCCGAGGAGGAGCGGAUAGCGUGGAUGUGGGCGCUGAUGAUCGCGUUUGCCGUGCCGGAGAUCGGAGCCUUCAUCCGAUCGACCCGUAUCUGUUUCUUCAAAUCGAUGAAGAAACCAUUCAAGUCGCACUUCUUGCUCGUGUUCCUAAUGGAGUCAUUCCACACGAUCGGACUGGUGCUGCUAUUUUUCGUCGUCCUCCCGGAAGUCGACUCGGUGAAAGGCGCCAUGCUGACCAACUGCCUCUGUGUGAUACCGGGUUUGCUCGGAAUGUUUUCGCGAACCAACAAGGAAGGCAAACGAGCUGUGAAGAGCAUCGUAGAUUUGGCGGCUAUUGCGGCACAAAUUACUGGAUUCGUUGUGUGGCCUUUGUUGGAAAAUAGGCCGGUUCUGUGGCUGAUUCCAGUAUCGGCUUUGCUGACGUCCUGUGGGUGGUGGGAAAAUUACGUUUCACCUCAAAGUCCCUUCGGGUUCGUGCGGGCAAUGGGUCGAGUGAAGGAAGAUCUCAAGCAGACUCGCUAUUUCACGUACAUGUUCCUCUCGUUGUGGAAGAUUAUCUUGUUCUUUUGCAUCGUGUUGGUGAUUAUGUUCUUCAAUGGAGAUGAAGUAGCCAAUCUUUUUUCUCUGUUUGGAGUAGGUUUUGGGCCACACAAAAUUGUUGUUGAGGAAGUUGCGACAGCUUUCAGCUCAGCACUUCCUGACCUCGUCGAAGCAUCCCAAGCGGGAGAUACCGUUGAUAUCGAUGCUUCCUACAACACCGUUACGUAUGUUCUGAUCAUUCAGAUUUUGGGCGCAUAUUUGUGCUAUGUUUUCGGCAAAUUUGCCUGUAAGAUUCUGAUUCAAGGUUUCAGUUACGCAUUCCCGGUAAAUCUAGCCAUUCCGGUAGCGAUAUCCUUAUUGAUUGCCGCGUGUGGUAUUAGAAAUGAUGAUCCAUGCUUCUUCCAUGGCACAAUACCGGAUUACUUGUUCUUCGAGAGUCCUCCGGUGUUCCGGUUGAGUGAUUUCGCAUCACGCCAAAUGGCAUGGGCCUGGUUGCUUUGGCUUCUGUCGCAAACGUGGAUCACCCUCCACAUUUGGACACCGAAGUGUGAACGUUUGGCCAAUACGGAAAAAUUGUUCGUUACUCCCAUGUACAAUGCGCUGUUAAUCGAUCAAUCGAUGGCGCUGAAUAGAAGACGAGAUGAUCAGGCAGAUGUGAAGACCGAAGACUUGGCCGAGAUUGAAAAGGAAAAGGGAGACGAAUACUACGAAACCAUAUCGGUCCACACGGACGGAUCGGCGAUGCCUCGGCCGAGUGUGAAGUCGUCCGAUCACAUCACUAGAAUUUACGCGUGCGCAACUUUGUGGCACGAAACAAAGGAGGAGAUGAUGGUGUUCUUGAAGUCGAUUAUGCGGAUGGACGAAGAUCAGUGCGCCCGACGAGUAGCACAAAAGUAUCUACGCAUUGUGGAUCCCGAUUACUACGAGUUCGAAACACACAUUUUCUUCGAUGACGCAUUCGAAAUUUCCGAUCACAGCGAUGAUGAUAUUCAGUGCAACAGGUUCGUGAAGAUCUUGAUCGAUACGAUUGACGAAGCGGCUUCCGAAGUUCAUCAAACCAAUAUUCGUUUGAGACCUCCGAAAAAAUAUCCAACUCCAUACGGAGGUCGGCUGGUUUGGACGCUGCCAGGGAAGACGAAGCUGAUUGCCCAUCUCAAGGACAAGGAUCGUAUCCGACAUCGUAAGCGUUGGUCACAGGUCAUGUACAUGUACUAUCUGCUCGGACACCGCCUGAUGGAAUUGCCGAUAUCGGUUGAUCGUAAGGAUGUAAUGGCUGAAAAUACAUAUUUGCUAACUUUGGAUGGCGAUAUCGAUUUCAAUCCAAGUGCCGUCACACUGCUGGUGGAUUUGAUGAAAAAGAACAAGAACCUGGGCGCUGCUUGCGGUCGUAUUCACCCGAUCGGAUCCGGUCCGAUGGUGUGGUAUCAGAAGUUCGAGUACGCUAUUGGUCAUUGGCUGCAGAAGGCUACCGAGCAUAUGAUCGGAUGUGUACUUUGUAGCCCUGGAUGUUUCUCGCUGUUCAGAGGCAAAGGUCUUAUGGACGACAACGUCAUGCGUAAAUAUACCACUCGUUCGGAUGAAGCACGCCAUUACGUGCAGUACGAUCAGGGAGAGGAUCGUUGGUUGUGUACGUUACUGCUGCAGCGAGGCUAUCGUGUCGAGUAUUCAGCUGCUUCCGAUGCCUACACUCACUGCCCGGAAGGGUUCAACGAGUUCUAUAAUCAACGUCGUCGCUGGGUACCGUCCACCAUCGCCAACAUUAUGGAUCUGCUUAUGGAUUACAAGCGGACGAUCAAGAUCAAUGAUAACAUUUCGCUGCUGUACAUAUUUUAUCAGAUGAUGUUGAUGGGUGGUACUAUUCUGGGCCCAGGCACGAUUUUCCUUAUGUUGGUAGGAGCUUUCGUCGCUGCAUUCAAGAUUGACAAUUGGACAUCAUUCUACUAUAACAUAAUUCCAAUAUUGCUAUUCAUGUUGAUCUGUUUCACCUGUAAAUCGAACAUACAACUACUGCUAGCUCAGGUGUUGUCAACGGUAUAUGCUUUGAUUAUGAUGGCGGUAAUCGUCGGUACGGCACUGCAGUUGGGCGAGGAUGGAAUUGGAAGUCCUUCGGCUAUAUUCUUGAUAGCAAUGACAGGGUCAUUCUUCAUAGCAGCAUGUCUUCAUCCGCAAGAGUUUUGGUGUAUAGCAUCGGGAUUGAUCUAUUUGCUCUCUAUUCCAUCUAUGUACUUGCUGCUGAUUUUGUAUUCGAUCAUUAACUUAAAUGUGGUAUCUUGGGGCACUCGUGAAGUGGUGGCUAAGAAAACGAAGAAGGAGCUCGAGCAAGAGAAGAAGGAUGCUGAAGAGGCCGCGAAGCGAGUUAAACAAAAAUCGCUGCUUGGAUUCCUACAGGGAGGGGCUGGUUCCAAUGCAGAUGAAGAAGGAUCCAUUGAGGUAUCUAUUGCUGGGCUGUUCCGUUGUUUACUGUGUACGCAUGGAAAGACCACCGAUGAAAAGGCCCAAUUGGUCCACAUUGGAGACGCUCUAAAUGCUAUUACUAAAAAGAUUGAAAAUCUGGAGAAGCACAUCGACCCUCACGGACAUCAUACUCGCAAACGUACGGCAUCUGCUGGUUCCAGAGACCAUCACUUGGGAUCAGUCGCUGAAGAUAGUGAGGAAGACGAUGAACAAUCAGAUUCGGAGACUUCAACGCUGCAAAGAAACGAACGUGACUUCCUGACAAACCCCUACUGGAUUGAGGAUCCAGACUUGAAGAAGGGAGAAGUAGACUUUAUCUCUAGCACGGAGAUCCAGUUCUGGAAGGAUUUGAUUGACCAAUAUCUUUACCCAAUUGAUCAAAACAAGGAAGAACAGGCACGUAUUGCACAUGAUCUCAAAGAGCUGCGUGAUUCGUCCGUUUUCGGAUUCAUCAUGAUUAAUGCUCUCUUCGUACUGAUCGUGUUCUUGCUCCAGCUGAACAAGGACAAUAUCCACGUCAAGUGGCCGCUGGGUGUCAAGACAAACAUUACAUACGACGAAACCACUCAAGAGGUGCACAUAUCGAAAGAAUACCUCCAACUGGAACCGAUCGGUUUGGUGUUUGUGUUCUUCUUCGCGCUUAUCUUGAUCAUCCAGUUUACCGCCAUGUUGUUCCAUCGAUUCGGAACCCUGUCGCACAUCCUGGCCUCUACCGAGCUCAACUGGGGCUGCAACAAGAAGCCGGAAGAGCUCUCGCAAGAUGCUCUAAUAGAUAAGCACGCGGUGGAGAUCGUCAAGAAUCUCCAGAGGCUGCAAGGUAUCGAUGGGGACUACGACAACGACUCCGGUAGCGGGCCGGAUCGGAUAGCACGUCGCCGCACGAUUCAGAACCUGGAGAAGGCACGUCAACCCAGAAGGCAGAUUGGCACACUGGACGUGGCAUUCAAAAAGCGAUUCCUGAAGCUGACGGCGGAUGAGAACAAUACCGGAACGCCGAUCCUGACGCGCAGGAUGACGAUGCGUCGCGAGACGAUACGUGCCCUGGAGGUGCGCAAGAACUCGGUCAUGGCGGAGCGGCGCAAGUCGCAGAUGCAAACGCUGGGGGCGAACAAUGAGUACGGCAUCACUGGCGUAAACAAUAUUUUACCUUUGCAGACAAACAACAACGCCCCACAGCGUCCCCUGCGCACAUCGAACGCCGGUGUUAGCGUGAAGGACAUUUUCAACGUAAACGGAGGCCCGGGAGGUGAUAUUUACGGUGUUACCGGGCAGGUCAACCAGGCCUACGAGCCGGUCAUCGAAGACGACGAUCGUAACUCGCUUCGACUGCAACCGCGCAACCAGGUGACGUGGAGUAACAGCAACGGGCGACUGUGACACAGCCGGAGCUCAUCCAUGUGCGAGUUACCGCCCCUGGUCGACCCUUCUCUCCGAGAGGAAUGUGAUGUCCUAAACCUUGAAUGUGCGUCAAACGUGUACUAACGAUUAGCAAUUUGAUGUGAACGUGAUGGAGAAAUAAUCUCUUAGGAUGAAACAACUGAUAAUUUAUAGCACAUUUAGUAUGUACCGCUGAAUUCGAUACUUCAACUGAUGCAAACAGAUAGCUGCCGACAUUUUAUGCUUCUUUUAAAAUAGGUUUAACACUCGUACUUGUACUUCGAAGCCCUAUGCAACCAAUCAACGAAAAAACUGCCAACUGAUAUACUCAAGGUUUUGCACAACGACAAAACAGGACAAACUCAACAAGAAAGUAAAUACUCAACAUAGGUUUAACGAAUUUAGCAAUAUAGUGACGAACACGCUCAAAAACAUUUUUGUUUCUGUUUUGGUUACAAAAAGUUCACAACAAUUGAACGCAACAAAAUUGAUUUCGAACUGCGCAUUGCAUAUUUAUGUCCUAUAGAAUUAAACAAGUUCUAGCCUUUCUACUGCCUGUCUACUUGUGUACUACACAAAUCUUCGAAAAUUGACUUUUUUGUUUAUGUAAAUAUUCUUGGAAUCUGUGUUCUUAUACUUUGAGUAUGAAUUAUAACUCGAUGUUUUAUGUGUCUUACUUUUCAAUUAUUAGUUCAAUUUUGUUUUGUCAAUGAUGUACGAUGUAAAUCAUAAACUAUGAAGGAAAGAAAAAGUAAAUGAACUUAAUAUACAUUUUAUACAUGUAUUUA